AUAAUAAUUUGGCCAUAAAAAAAAUCUUAAAAAGAAAAUGAGAUAUUCUUAGGACCUUUGUAUAUAUACACCACUUAAACCCUACUCCUCUGCCUCUGCCUCUGCCUCUCAGUUUACCAAAACCCUAGUUUCAAAGCUUUACUCUCCAGAAAUGGCUUUCUGCAAAAAUCUCGGUGGUCUAUUGAGGCAAGGUGCGGUUUCUCAGACAGGGAAUGUACCCGUUCAGUCUAUGCUCGGGUCUCUCCGGUACAUGUCUACCAAGCUCUUUGUCGGUGGUCUCUCAUGGGGAACUGAUGACCAGUCAUUGAGGGAGGCUUUCUCCAACUUCGGUGAAGUGAUCGAUUCUAAGGUCAUUGUUGAUAGGGAAACCGGAAGGUCAAGGGGGUUUGGAUUUGUCAAUUUCUCUGAUGAGAGUGCUGCUAAUGCUGCAAUUUCAGAGAUGGACGGAAAGGAACUGAAUGGACGCAACAUCCGAGUGAAUGUUGCUAACGAUAGACCAAGUGCUCCCCGGGCUUAUGGAGGUGGUGGCGGCUACGGUGGAGGUGGUGGUGGCUAUGGAGGAGGUGGUGAUGGAGGCGGUUACUAAACAGAGGAGCUUCUUGUGAUAAGAAGAAUUGAUCUUUCUGUUUGUUUUUUUUUAUUAUUUAAAUCGAGCUUGUGCUAGUACAAAACCUGAAUGGGAUUUGUUGAGACUCUAGUAGUCAGUACUCUUAUCUAAGACACGGCUUUUCACUCAGUUUGUGUUAGCUUCAAAUAUUGUCCGUUAAUAAUUCUGGAGGAAAGCCGAAUUGAGAGUAUGAGCAGUUAUCAUCUGUUUUAGAAUUAUACCCGAUCUGACUUGAGAUUUGAGUUCUUGUAAAAGGAAGUGUAUUCUUCAAUUUGAGUUUAUCUUUUCGA